CGAGGCCUCCUACUUGACAGUCCGUGUACUUUUCGCUACGCAGGGAGGAGUCGGACAUUUGUUUCUGUGUUAAAGUGACAUAUUUACAGCUUUAUCUGUAAUUUUACAACAUGUUUUGCGACGCGUGUCCAUCUCGUAGGCCGCGCGUGCCGUCAAUGUGAAGCUAUCGACAGAUUAUCAGAUAAUUUUAAUCAAAACGGAUCGAAGGAAACAGGAAGGCGGAACAAGGUUACAGAAUCCCAGACUGGUUUCAGACAAAUACGAAAGACUUCCAUAACGACGUCACCAUAGUUUUUUGUUUUUUUUUACAUUACCCUUUAACUGCUUCAAUUUCAUCAGUGAAUAAUUCACCAAAGGCGUUCAAAUAAAUCACCCACCACCAUCACAUGCGACCAUGUCCACGGCCCUGAAACAAGUCUUCAACAAAGACAGAACAUUUCGACCCAAGCGCAAGUUCGAGCCGGGGACGCAGCGCUUCGAGCUGCACAAGAAGGCGCAGGCGUCCCUGAACGCAGGCCUAGACCUGAAGCAGGCUGUGCAGCUGCCCCACGGUGAGGACCUCAACGACUGGGUGGCGGUCCAUGUGGUCGACUUCUUUAACCGCAUCAACCUCAUCUACGGCACCAUCAGUGACUCGUGCACCGAUCAGACCUGCCCCGUCAUGUCCGGUGGGCCCAAGUACGAAUACCGCUGGCAAGACGAGCACAAGUACAAGAGACCAACUGCCCUGCCUGCGCCCAAAUACAUGAGCCUGCUUAUGGACUGGAUCGAGGUACAAAUCAACAAUGAGAACAUCUUCCCCACUAAUGUUGGUACUCCCUUCCCUAAGUGCUUCAUGCAGGUGGCUAAGAAGAUUUUGUCACGUCUGUUCCGGGUGUUUGUCCACGUCUACAUCCACCACUUUGACCGUGUCACCCAGAUGGGUGCGGAGGCUCACGUCAACACCUGCUACAAGCAUUUCUAUUACUUUGUCACCGAGUUCAACUUGACGGACCACAAAGAGCUGGAGCCUCUGAAAGAGAUGACUGCUCGAAUGUGCCACUGAGGGAUCCGCGGACACAUCGGAUGAACGCUUCCGUCCAUCUUCAAGACUGAAUCCGAGUGCAAAGAGCAAACAAAUUCAGAGUCUAUUUUUAUAUUUAAGUACUGUAAUCUAUUUUAGCCACAUACUGUAGGUUUUAACCAAGAACAUUGAAGAGUGAGGCGUUCUGUUUCUUUUUAAAAAAAAGUCCAUUCAGACUUGUCAUUGGAGCACAGUAUUAAGAGAGGUGUAUGUGUGUGUUCAUGUUUUUCUAUUUUAUUUGAAUCGCAAUCAUUCCUGGAUGCAAUCAACUUUCUCUUGACUUAAAAUGAUCUCAAAUUAGAUUUUC